UAAUGGUUGCUAUCAUUAUAAUUAUUUAUCCUCCAUUACUUUCAUCACACACACACACACACAUACACACACACACACACACACACACAGUUCCUUGAGGCUCCCGUAAUUUAGAGUCCUUCUCUCCUCACCGUCCCUCCUUACAUGAGCUAUGAUAGUGAUAGUGAUAAGCUAAUCCUGUACUUAAAGGGCAUACAUCUGUCUGACUUCAGUGAGUGACUGUACGCCUAGCGGGUCACUGGGCCCUCCUCAGUGACAUACAGAAUAACGUCAGUGUUUGUGUUGUGACGAAAGCCAGUGAUUGUUCGCCCUCUGUGCUGUGACUCUACGCAUUGGCUGAGCGGUCUGUGUCCCCUGCCUAGUCAGAGAAAGUGUUGCUGGGUCUCCAGAGCAUUGUAUGUGAGGAGCCCUGGUGAUGAAGCAUUGCCAUGGCUGCUGCCACUGCUGCCGCCGCGGCAGUGAAUUAUUCGCGUCUCAAGCUACUGUGCAUCUUGGAGGGUCCAGGAGCAGCCGUGCUCUCUCACGCCCUGACACGCGGCACAAACAAGACCGCCGCCGUCACCCUCUUGGACUACCUGACCAGCCUCCCAAACACCUCGAAGGCCAACUAUCGCACACUCAGCAACAAGGAUAAGAGGAAGGCAUUUAACCGUGAUGAGGAAAAGCAGAUUGCCAAUGACCCCUCAUGCCAGAGCUUUGAUAUCACACUGCUCCACAAGAGCAUCAGACUGGCCUGUGAAAAUGUUGCAGGACUAAGUGAAAAAUGCUGGCAGGAUGAUGCAGUGAUGGAGGGCCUGCUCACUAAGAUAAAAGAUGAGCGUAACAAGGUCGUGCACGAAAGACCUAAGAUGACAGAUAAAGAGUUCCUGGACAAAGCUGAGGAACUCAAGAACCUCUUCAUCAGAGCCCUUCAGGCUGUCAAGGACAAGUACGGAGUCUCUGACGCCGAGACCACAAACAUCACUGACAUCAUAACAAGCCAGAUACAAGAAAUAUGUCAGGCCUUUGAUGACAAUGUCAUCUUACAGAUGAGUUUUGAGAAAAAGCUCCAUUUGUUUAAGCAAGAGUCAGUAAGUCACCUGAGAGAAAUUUACAAACAGUAUGAAUAUUUUGACCCAGUGUCCUUCCUCAGUGAAUCCUCAAAACGGGUUCACAUCCAGACUGUAUUUUCAAAACUUGUCCUUAAACAGCAGCCCAAAUCACUUGACAUAGACUCGUUAGAUAUCUUAAAAUACCUAACAGCAGAGUCUCAGAGCUCACAGCCCUCGCAGCUGCAGCCCUCACAGCUGCAGCCCUCACAGCCUGUCCAGGACAAAAGGCCACGCCUCGCUGUGGUGAGCGGUGUCGCUGGGAGUGGCAAGACCACCCUGCUCACUUUCAUCUUGUCGGAGUGGCUCAAGGAAGAGAGUGACCGCCGCGUCACACACCUGGAGGAGUACGACAUUGUACUCAGAAUGCUGUGCCGCGACACAGAUGCUGAAGAUCUGGAGACAUUCCUGGGCCUGGUCCUCCCGCCUAGUCUGUCUAGUCUGCCGGUCUUUAACGCGUCCCUCGUGAACUAUUUAAAGCACUGUAAAGUGCUCUUCCUCAUCGAUGGUCUGGAUGAGCAGAACAGCACCUCCAAAAAGCUCAUCACUAAUAUUGUGAAUACAACCAAAUAUAACAAAAAUUUCUCAAUUCUCACCACCUCACGACCAGAGCGAGUGAACCAGUUCUUGGCCCUCACACAAGAAGACUAUAAGCAAUCGCAGAUGUCUAUUGAGGGGAUUCCUGUCACUAAAAGGAUGCAGUUUGCAGAGCAGUACUGCACCUCCACAAACAAGGAUAGGGUGAAGGAGUUCAUGAGAGAACAAGGCAAUAAGACCUUGUUUGAGCUUCCCCUCAACAUAAUAUUUCUGGUUACAUUAUUUGAAGAGAAUCCAAAUUUUAUUACAAAAAACAUAACCCCAUCCAUCUUGUACACCCACAUCCAUGAGUGGUGCAUAGAGAAGCUGCGCGUCAGAAUAUCCAAGGACCCCACAUGGGGGGAGAAAAAGCCACGGACCCUCAAGAUGAGGAUAAAAAGAGUGGUGAAAGAGAUGUACCAAGUGGCGCUACGAGGCCUGCUGCAAGACAGACUGAACCUCUCAGAUGAGGGCACAGAGCAGCUGACAGAUUGCUGUGAGAGAGAGGACCUGCCACCCCAACAAGUCCUGGGAGCAUUUUUCACUCUGCGGUUGUCCAUCACCAACAGAGUAUAUGAAGAAAACUACUCCAUGCCCCAUAAAGGAAUGCUGGAGUACUUUGCAGCUCGACAUAUCAUGCAGCACCUCCAGGAUGGAUCCCUCCCAGGAUCAGGGGCUAUUAGGAGCCUGCUUGAGGCCACCUUUUAUGAUGAAUCCCUCCCAGAACAAGGAGUUUUUAGAAGGUUGCUUCAGGGUGUCUUUCAGCUAAUAUCUCUACUUCAACUUCAUUGUGGAUCUCUCCUAGAAUCACGAGCUAUUGAAAGCCUGCCUCAGGACGCCGCUCAGCCACAGACACGGCCUCUAGAUCUUCGGGGCCUACGUAACCUUUUCUGGCAUGUGGCAGGCCUCUUGACCACAGAAGAGACACCAAACCGUUCCGAGAACAUAAAAGAGGUGAUAGAUCUGCUGGCAGAGACUGGCGCAGGGUGGGAUGAAUGGCUGUCACUGGUGGAAGACACGGAUUACAAUGAAAGCUUCCUGCAGGCCAUCGCUCAUCAUGUCACAGAAAACCCUCCUGAUGGCACAGUAAGGAUAACAGACAACACAUUGGCCAGCGCUGUGGCACUGCUCCCCCGUACUCCCGCAACAACAGUGGAGUUAUGGCUGUACAACGAAAAAAAAAAUGUGGAGACUGUCCUUGCUAUGAGUGAUUACCAUUGCCGUGAGUUGUGUCUAUGGCACCAUUACUGGCAUCCCGGCAGCAUACCUGCCUCAGACACCGUGUUGCGUGCCAUACACAGGACUUGCCUUGAAGAGUUCAUGGGUCACCUGGGUGCUGAUUGCGUGGCGCUGCUCCCUGAAUGCCUUAACGAGCUGUACUUGGCCGUAUCUAGUGAUGAGCACGCUGCCAGCCUCCCAGCAGCCCUCACCCGAGUCGCCUCAUCUCUGCCUAACCUGUGGAGGCUUGCCAUACACGUCCCUGUGGCGACGGUAACACCAGCAUCGGUUCCGUCACCACUGCCUGACAUCAGCAUGGUGGUCUUAGUCUUGUCUGGUGUGAACAAAAACCUUAUGAAGGAAGCGUGUCAAGUGGCAGCGGCUCUCCAGCCUACGGCAGGAUAUCUUGACAUUGGGUUCCCCCGGGGCAGGAUGAAAGCAGCAGAGUGGCGGGACCUGCUUCACCUCCUGGCGGCAGCAGGGGUCAGGGUGAGGAGAGGUGGUGUUGUGAUACCAGAGGAAACUAUCACAGUGGAGGAGAGGAGGGAGCUGAGGGAACUCGCUGACACUUUGUGGGGGUGUAGGGUGUGGAGGGUCCCUGACGAGUGGUGUUUCCUCACAUAUAACUAUAACACCUGAUUUUGAUACUGAUCAGUCUGAUGAAUAUGAAGAACAAGAUUAUGAUGAUGAUGAUGAUGAUGAUGAUGAUGAUGAUGAUGAUGAUGAUGACGACGAUGAGGAGGAGGAGAAAGAGUAAAAAAAAUAAUAAUAAUAAUGAAUAAAAAAAAAAAAAAAAAAAAAAAAAAAAAAUAAUAAUAAUAAUAAAAAUAGAAAAUAAAAUAAAAUAAAUAAAUAAAUAGAUAAAACUGGUAUCAGCAUUAAUAUUGAAAGUUGUAUGAAUGACACAGUAUUAUAAACUUAGUAAUACUGUGUUCAUAAGUACUGGCAACAAAUUACUAUUAUUAUCAUUAUUACUAGCAUUAUUAUUAUUAUUAUCAUUAUUAUUAUUAUUACUCUAUUUUUAAUAUUACUACUACUACUACAAUUAUCAUCAUUGUUAUUUUGUUAUUAUAUUUCUCAUACAUUUAUA